AUGGAACCUGAGCAGUUUGGCACCCAGAAGCCAAGGUCCACAGUCAUGACCUUCCGGCCAACCAUGGAGGAGUUUGCAAAUUUCAGCAAAUACAUUGCCUACAUGGAAUCCCAGGGUGCUCAUAAAGCUGGCCUAGCCAAGGUCAUUCCUCCCAAGGAAUGGAGAGCCAGAGCAUCUUAUGACAAUAUCAGUGACCUCUUAAUAGCCACUCCUCUGCAGCAGGUGGUCUCUGGACAGGCAGGUGUGUUCACUCAAUUCCAUAAAAGGAAGAAAGCCAUGACAGUGCAGAAGUUCAAGCAUCUGGCCAACAGUGCAAAGUACCAGGCUCCUCCGCACCAGAGUUUUGAAGAUUUGGAGAGAAAGUACUGGAAGAAUCACCUCUGUGGUUCCCCAAUUUAUGGUGCUGACAUCAGUGGCUCUUUGUUUGAUGAAAACACAAAGCAGUGGAACCUUGGGCACCUGGGAACCAUUCUGGAUCUGUUGGAGCAGGAGUGUGGAGUUGUCAUCCAGGGUGUCAACACACCCUACCUCUACUUUGGCAUGUGGAAGACCACAUUUGCGUGGCACACGGAGGACAUGGACCUCUACAGCAUCAACUACCUGCACUUUGGGGAGCCCAAAACGUGGUAUGCAGUGCCCCCAGAGCAUGGCAAACGCCUGGAGAGGCUGGCCAGGGAGCUUUUCCCAGGCAGUUCCCGAGUCUGCAGAGCAUUCCUGAGGCACAAGGUGGCUCUCAUCUCACCCACAGUGCUCAGGAACAAUGGGAUCCCCUUUAACUGCAUGACUCAGGAGGCUGGGGAGUUCAUGGUGACAUUUCCCUAUGGCUAUCAUGCUGGCUUCAACCACGGCUUCAACUGUGCAGAGGCCAUCAAUUUUGCCACCCCUCGGUGGAUUGAUUAUGGUAAAGUGGCUUCUCAGUGCACCUGUGGGGAGGUGAAGGUCAGCUUUUCCAUGGAUGCAUUUGUGCGCAUCCUGCAACCUGAGCGCUAUGAGUUGUGGAAAUGUGGACAAGAUGUGGUCACUGUGGAACACACUGGAUGCAGGGUGCCUGUUAGGCAGGAGCUGAUCUCGGGGAGGAAAGUGCGCUUUCAUGGGAAGAGAUCUAACUCCCAACAGAGGCACCUGCCUAGUGGGGAAGGCUUGAGUCUCAGUGAUACAGAGGACUCAGGGCACAGUCACAGCACUGUUUUGCCUCCUGUGAAGAGACACUGUUCCUCCUCCAACAGUGAAUUGCUUAUCAACAGCUACGAGAGACCCACCCAGAUCCAGUCCUUUACUCCUUCUGCUCUGCUCUCAUCAGAUUUCCUUCCCUCAACAGGCAGAAGGCGCAGAGGUCGUCCUCCUCACAGAUUGAAGGCUCAGGGCUCCACAAUGCUGCCUGAGACUCAAGGACUCCGUAUGGUGGGCGCAGGGCAUGCAGUUCUUAGUUCACAGGAUCAGCCCUUGCUUGAAGAGGAAGCUUCAGUGGAGGAGCCCAUGUCUGUGAGCACUGGGUUGCAGGUUCCAGGGCAGACUUCUGGCUGUUGUUGUGCCCCUGAUCUCCAAUUCCUGGGUUCCCCACUAGACUCUCAGAAUCCUAUGCACCCUGGUUCCUGCUUGCAGUCCCUGGACAGCCUUCCAACUGAUCUUCCUGAAGUUUCCUUACUGACUGCUUCUAACAUAGAUAUGCCUUUGGUAAAGUUCUCCAGGAAAACUGCUGGCAACAGCAUCAACCCUGGAAACCUGGGUGAAGUGGAAAGGAUGGAGCACUCUUAUUCCUCUCCAAUCCUGGAUUCAGCAGAUGUUGCCAGAAACCUUUUGCAACUGACUCACUUCCACUGGAUGUAAUGCUACACAAAGCCAACCCAGGAACUGCCUAUGUUCACUA